UUGAGGUCUCGGGAGUGAGUUGUGCUUCAGUGAAAAGGUGAAUUGAAUCCAGUAAUUAUGCCAGUGUCUGAUCUGAGAGCGCUUGUUAAGCAGGAACGUCAUGCUUGGAUUACGUUGGAGAACAUUGAAGAGUUCUUAUCAACGUACGAAGAAGAACGUGAUAGAGGUGUAGUGCAGUUUCGUAUGAAGAAAUUAGAUGAAGUGUACGAUAAAUAUUGUGAAGUGCGGGUGAAAAUCGAAGUUCUCACUGAUGACUUGGGUGUUGAUGAAGGCGCUGAGGAUGCGACUGGCGAAGGAUCUACAGAUCAUGUGUCCAUGGCUGAGGCACGUCAGAGGGAAAACGAGGAGAUUUUCAAGGAAUUUGAAAACAAGUACUUCCGAUUGAAGCAGCAACUAAAUUCGAAGUCGGUCGGAAACUCUGGAGUUGUAGCUGAACGGCAACCAGGAGUCGAGGUUUGCCAGCCGUCGAGGAUGAAGUAUCCAGAACUGAGGCUUCCUACGUUCUCUGGUAAGCUGUCUGAAUGGAUUAACUUUCGAGACAACUUCAAGUCGUUGAUACACGACAACAACCAACUGAAUAUGAUAGAUAAGUUCAACUAUUUACGUACGUCGUUGAAGGACGACGCUCUGCUACAAAUCAACCAGAUUCAAGUCACUGCUGCGAACUACAAUCUUGCUUGGGCUACUCUGGAAUCUAAGUACGAGAAUCAUAAGCUCAUCGCACAGGAACAUAUGAGGACAAUUUUCUCGAUUCCACCAAUGAAAUCCGAGAGCUUCCAGGGGCUGAACCAUGUCCUAACAACAUUCAGAAUCAACCUUCAACAGUUGGAGAAGUUAGGAGAGAAUACUAACGAUUGGAGCACUCUGCUAGCCUUCAUGCUUUCCCAGAAGCUGGAUGACGAUACGAUUCGUCACUGGGAAACGCAUCAUAGUUCAAAGGACAUUCCGUCGUACAAGUCCAUGGUGGAGUUCCUGGAGAAACACUGUGCUAUCCUGCAGUCUACGUCUGCACGAAGAAGCAGUGAUUUCAAACGACCGUUCAAGAACCCAGUGAUUCACGCUGCAGUGUCAUCCAAUGGAAAUUGUCAAGUCUGCAACGGCGGUACACAUUCCAUUGAACAGUGUAGGCGCUUUGGGAAGAUGAAGGUCAUCGAUAGGAAGGGGAUUGUUCGGAAGCUUGGAUUGUGCUUGAACUGUUUACGAUCAGGGCACUUCGUUAUGGAUUGUUCGAGAUCUACGUGUAGCAAAUGCGGACAGAAUCAUCAUUAUCUGCUUCAUCCGUACGUGAGUCCAGUGAAUCAGGAGCAUACUUCUAGUCAGCCCUCCUCCCAAGUUUUACCGAAGAGACCUCAAGCCGCGAAUCUACCACAACAGCAAUCCAAUCAGGCCCAAAACCGGAACACUUCGCUCCCCAACCCACAGUCUACACAAACACCAAGUACUUCUUCGCAGAAUGCACGCCCACCUCCCACCAAUACUCCAACAAUACACCACACUGCAACACCAUCCAAAACACACCAUCAUUCAAACAUUGCGCUACUUUCUACCGCUAUCGUGAAGCUCGGUGAUCGUCACGGAAACACCAUUCUUGCACGCGCUUUGUUAGAUAACGGAUCUCAGAUCUGCUUAAUGUCUGAAACGUUGUCUCAGAGGCUGAACUUCCAACGGCUUCGGGAAAAUCUGCCUGUAAAAGGAGUGGGUGCAACGGUCUCAUCGUGUACCUCAUCGUAUGUAUCGUGUGAGCUGAAGUUCUACGUGUUAUCAAAAAUUACGUCAAACCUGCCACAGCAAAGCAUCGAUGUUUCGUCCUGGAAUCUCCCAGAGGGAAUUACUCUUGCGGAUCCAGCCUUCAAUGAAUCCGGAGACAUCGAUGUGAUUUUGGGAGCAGUAAUUUUCUACGAUCUUCUGUUGAAUGCCCAGCGGAAGCUCUCUAAUUCGGGAAUAAUACUGCGAAAUACGCAGCUGGGAUGGAUUGUUGCCGGGGGAAUUCCUGAAACAUCAAUCGUGAGCUACAGCACGGUAGCUUCGUCGUCGGUGACUACGGAAGAACUUUACGAGGAGCUAGCCAAAUUCUGGGAAUUAGAAUCAUGCCACACGAAGAGCUGUCUAUCCAUCGAGGAGUCUGCAUGUGAAGCCAUCUUUGAAGAGACGACUACUAGAGAUCCUGAUGGGAAGUUCCGCGUAACGCUGCCGAAAAGGAAGCACAUGCUGGAAAAACUGGGAGAAUCGAAGGCGAUAGCGAAGAAACGUUACCUUUCCAUGGAGAAACGGCUGAAUGCCAACCAGGAAAUGAAGGUGUUGUACACGGCUUUCAUGCACGAAUACCUGUCCAUGGGUCAUAUGACGGAGGUAGUAAAUGACGAUGAGGAAUCUGGUCCGGAAUAUUACGUACCGCAUCAUGCAGUGCUGAAACCAGACAGCACUACUACGAAAUUAAGAGUAGUUUUCGAUGCAUCCUGUUCCACGGAUUCGGGUGUGUCUUUGAAUGACGUCUUAAUGGUGGGACCUGUCGUUCAAGAUGAACUACGAAGCAUCCUUUUGCGGUUCCGAUUGUUCAAAUAUGCUGUUGUAGGAGACGCAGAAAAGAUGUACAGGAUGGUAUGGCAGCACGAACUGGAUCAGCUGCUGCAUAAGAUAUUCUGGAGAGAUUCGGUUGAGGAGCCAUUGCGGACAUACAAGCUCACAACUGUAACGUACGGUACAUCAUCUGCACCUUAUCUUGCCACUCGUUGCCUGAAUAAGUGUGCUGAAGAGGGAGCAGAGCGCUAUCCCGUAGCUUCAGUGGUGGUCAAAAAGAGCUUUUAUGUUGACGACAUGCUAGCCGGCUCGCAUACCAUUGAAGAAGGCGAACGGCUCUGUAAGGAGGUCCUGGAGCUUCUGAAAGGGUCAGGUUUCAACCUUAGGAAGUGGAACUCCAACAAUCCGAAGAUUUUGGCGGCAAUACCCUCGCAUCUGCGAGACGAUCGAGAAUUCCGGAAUUUAGAUGAGAAGGCAACUGUGAAGACGUUAGGUCUCACGUGGGCGCCGGCUACGGACACACUGUGGAUCAAGGUUCCGGAUUGGAGGCCAGGUGGGCCAAUCACGCAUCGUGUUGUUCUCUCCGAGAUAGCACGUCUUUUCGACCCCUACGGACUAGUUGGUCCAGUAGUAGUCCAAGGAAAACUCUUUCUCCAAGAGAUUUGGAAGGCGAAGUACUCCUGGGAUGAACCACUAAGCAAUGAGCUUCAGUCCCGAUGGUUGGAGUUCAGAACCAAUCUUUGCGAGUUGGAUGCUGUAUCUGUUCCUCGAUGGAUCAGGUUCGGAAGAGAUGUAAUCUCAUGUGAAUUCCACGGAUUCAGCGAUGCAAGCGAUAAAGCAUACGGUGCUGUGGUAUACUUGCGGUGUGUGAACCGGGACGGAGAAGUCACGGUCAACCUACUGAUGGCCAAAUCAAAGGUUGCGCCGUUGGAGGACCUCAACAGAAGAAAAAAGAAGCAAUCCACACCUCGGCUGGAGUUAUCUGCUGCAUUACUGUUAGCCCAUCUGUAUGAAUCGAUCUUCACCAGCAUGAUGAUAGCAGCCAAAUCCUACUUCUGGACAGAUUCUACGAUUGUAAAAUGUUGGAUUUCAUCACAUCCGUCAAGAUGGCAGGUCUUUGUGGCCAAUCGUGUAUCAGAGAUACAACAUGUGACAAAGGGUGGAAUCUGGAAUCAUGUUCCGGGAAUCGAAAAUCCUGCUGACAUUAUCUCGAGAGGAGCCACUCCAGCUCAGAUAGCGAGCAACACUCUGUGGUGGAAUGGUCCAGAAUGGCUGAAGAAGGAAACACAGUACUGGCCAGUUAACGCGCAGGUUCCAGAUCAGCAGUUCGAUUCGGUGAUCCUGGAGGAGAAACCGCUAGUGGCAGCAGUCCUACAGAUUCUGCCUCCAAGUGAGAUCUUCACGUUACGUUCGACUCUAUUAAACCUUGUUCGUCUGACCGCUUGGUUACGCCGGUUUUCUUUUAAUUGUAAACCACGAAAUAAGUUGCAGAAAAGAUUCGGGGUUGUAACAGCCGCUGAACAUGAAGAAGCUCUGCUAGUUCUAGUGCAGUUAGCGCAAUCGGAAUGUUUCCCGCUGGAAUUAUUGGAUCUUGCAGCAAAGAGUGAGGUCAGGCCAUCAUCGAAGCUUCGUAAUCUGAAUCCUGUGAUGAUCGACGGGACAAUCUGCGUCGGUGGCCGACUUGGAAAUGCUUCAAUUUCGCAAAGGCGAAAACACCCGAUGAUCUUGGAUAGCCGACAUCCAUUGACAAGGUUAAUUUUGAUUGACUACCACCAUCGAUUGCUGCAUGGAGGACCGCAGUUGAUGAUAUCCUGCGUUCGUGAAAGGUUUUGGCCAUUGAGCGUCAGAAACCUAGCGAGGAAGGUAACGCACGAAUGCAUGAACUGUUUCAGAGCGAAACCACGAGCUCACGAGCAGCUGAUGGGAGAUUUGCCGCUUGAAAGAGUAUCGCCAGCGCCGCCUUUCCAACGAGUGGGAAUCGAUUAUUGUGGACCGUUUGAAUUGCAGCCUGCAACUCGAAAGGGCACUCCUGUAAAAUGCUACGUCUGUCUGUUCGUUUGCAUGGUCUGCAAGGCCGUCCACGUUGAAGUCGUAAUGGACCUUACGGCCGAGGCAUUUCUUGCCGCUCUAAGGAGAUUUGUUGCCAGGCGCGGAAGGCCGGAUCAAAUAUACUGCGAUAAUGCGACCAAUUUCGUUGGAGCACGCCGACAGCUAAGCGAACUAGACCGCAUGUUUCAGCAGCAACAGUUUCAACAACAAUUGUCCGCUGAAGCUGCUCGAGAUUCGAUUACCUUUAAAUUUAUACCGGCCAAGUCACCCAAUUUUGGUGGCUUGUGGGAAGCUGCGGUUAAAUCGCUGAAAGGACACAUGAGGAAGGUCAUCGGCAACAGGAUGCUGAAGCAAGACGAAAUGCUUACCGUUGUGACUCAGAUAGAGGCGUGCCUUAAUUCGAGACCUCUGACUCCCUUGAGCAACGAUCCAAGUGACCUAGAAGUGCUGACUCCAGGACACUUUUUGAUACAACGUCCACUCACUGCGGUACCCGAGCCAAGUCUUCUCGAGCUACCAGAGGGUAGGCUCUCCAGAUGGCAGCAAGUGCAGCGCUACAGUCAGGUGAUCUGGAAGCAUUGGUCAACUGAUUACUUGUCAAACCUCCAGAGUCGCAACAAAUGGACAAGGCACAGGAAUAACCUGGACGUCGGAGCUAUGGUUCUAUUGAAGGAGGACAACAUUCCACCCCUCAAAUGGAAGCUGGGACGCGUGACAGAGAUCCACCCCGGUCCAGACGGAAACGUUAGAGUUGUCACCGUGAACACGAAGCAUGGUUAUUUUCGGCGAGCUAUUUCCAAGAUUUGUAUUCUGCCUAUCCGCGAUAAUCAAUCCGAUGAGUCGCAAUAA